UUGAUAUUCAGCGAGGAGUGCACCGAAGCCGAGGGACGUACAUGGCAUCUGUCACAUUUUUCAUGCACUCAGUGUGGAAUGCAACUCGGAGGACAAAGGUAUAUUGCCAAAGACAAUCGUAUCCUUUGUAUAGCGUGCUUGCAGAGGGAGAACUUCUCGUUGACUUGUAAUACUUGCAAAAAAGUGAUCAACGUAGAGAAACCGCACAUAACACAGGUUUGA